AUGCUGGCGCCGGGGUCUCGAGAGAACGCUCGCUCGCGGCUCACGCGGAUGAAGAGGCGGGCGCGGGAGGCGCCCGCCCAGUCGGUCCCUGCUGGCCACAGUGGUCCGCAGCCACCUGAGCCGGCCCCGUUCCCGCACCUGUGGAGCGGGGUCGCGGUGGCGCCCAGCCCCCAGGGUGAACAACGCCAGCCAGCCGCAGGGCGGGGAGGGUUUGCAGCCAGCAGUAAACUGUGGGUGCUGGCCACUCCCCUAGGCCCCCCAGCCCCUCCAGAGAGCCCCGUGGGCUGUCCCCUGCAGACUCGCCAGCGGGCCUCUGCGCUGGGCUGGGGCCUGCUCUCCACCCCCCAGAGCGGCUCCCUGGCAUUGAGGAGCCAUUUCGGUGUGGAGGUCAGUGCCCCCACCUGCUCUACCUCGCCGCUCCUGCUGUUUGCCAACCGCCGGGAUGUGCGCCUGCUGGAUGCCGGGGGGGUCAAGCUGGAGUCCACCGUUGUGGUCAGCGGCCUGGAGGACGCGGCCGCGGUGGAUUUCCAGUUCUCCAGGGGGGCCGUGUACUGGACGGACGUGAGCGAGGAGGCCAUCAAGCAGACCUACCUGAACCAGACUGGGGCCGCCGUGCAGAACGUGGUCAUCUCGGGCCUGGUGUCGCCCGACGGCCUGGCCUGCGACUGGGUCGGCAAGAAGCUGUACUGGACCGACUCGGAGACCAACCGCAUCGAGGUGGCCAACCUCAACGGCACGUCCCGGAAGGUCCUCUUCUGGCAGGACCUGGACCAGCCGCGGGCGGUCGCCUUGGACCCUGCACACGGGGAUGGUGCUUGCUGGCUGCCCCUGGCAGCACUGGACGGGCCCCCUGCUGGGUCUGCCCAGCUCUCUGCAGGGUCAGAGGGGCUGUCUGCCAUCUUGGACCCAAACACCACAGCUCACAAGGACAACCUGGGCUUUACUGAAGUUCGGGAGUGCAGAUGCCUCAUGUACUGGACGGACUGGGGGGAAAACCCCAAAAUCGAGUGUGCCAACCUGGACGGGCAGCAGCGGUAUGUCCUGGUGAACACCUCCCUGGGCUGGCCCAACGGCCUGGCGCUGGACCUGCAGGAGGGGAAGCUGUACUGGGGAGACGCCAAGACAGACAAAAUCGAGGUGAUCGACAUUGACGGCAGCGAGAGGCGGACGCUCCUGGAGGACAAGCUGCCGCACAUUUUCGGGUUCACGCUGCUGGGGGACUUCAUCUACUGGACCGACUGGCAGCGGCGCAGCAUCGAGCGCGUGCACAAGGUCAAGGCCAGCCGCGACGUCAUCAUCGACCAGCUGCCUGACCUGAUGGGGCUCAAGGCCGUGAGCGUGGCCAAGGCCGAGGGCCGUUCGCACGUGUGCAGGCUCCCCUGGCCGGAGGGCCCGGGCGUGCGCCUGACUGCACCCGCCCCCCAGACCAUCAGCCGCGCCUUCAUGAACGGGAGCUCCGUGGAGCACGUGGUGGAGUUCGGCCUCGACUACCCAGAGGGCAUCGCGGUCGACUGGCUGGGCCAGAACCUGUACUGGGCGGACACCGGCACCAACAGGAUCGAAGUGGCCCGGCUGGACGGGCAGUUCCGGCAGGUCCUCGUGUGGCGGGACCUGGACAACCCCAGGUCGCUGGCCCUGGACCCCACGCGAGGCUACAUCUACUGGACCGAGUGGGGCGGCAAGCCCCGCAUCGUGCGGGCCUUCAUGGACGGGACCAACGGCGUGACGCUGGUGGACAAGGUGGGCCGGGCCAACGACCUCACCAUCGACUACGCCGACCAGCGCCUGUACUGGACCGACCUGGACACCAACAUGAUCGAGUCGUCCAACAUGCUGGCGCCCACCGCCUUCUUGCUGUUCAGCCAGAAAUGUGCCAUCAGCCGGAUGGUCCCCGAUGACCAGCACAGCCCCGACCUCAUCCUGCCGCUGCAUGGGCUGAGGAACGUCCGAGCCAUGGCCUACGACCCCCUGGAUCGGUCCAUCUACUGGGUGGACGGGCGCCAGAACAUCAAGCGCGCCAAGGACGACGGGACUCGGGCAAGGGCCAACCGCCUGACCCUGCAGGACGCCGACAUCGUGCAGCCCGUGGGCCUGACCGUGCUGGGCAAGCACCUCUACUGGGCGGACCGCCAGCAGCAGAUGAUCGAGCGGGUGGAAAAGACCACAGGGAGCCAGCGGACCCGGGUCCAGGGCCGUGUCGCCCACCUGACCGGCAUCCAUGCCGUGGAGGACGUCAGCCCGGAGGAGUUCUCGGCCCACCCGUGUGCCCAGGACAACGGCGGCUGCUCCCACAUCUGCGUGGCCAAGGGCGACGGGACACCGAGGUGCUCGUGCCCGGUCCACCUCGUACUUCUGCAGGACCUGCUGACCUGCGGUGAGCCCCCCACGUGCUCGCCGGACCAGUUCGCCUGUGCCACGGGGGAGAUCGACUGCAUCCCUGGCGCCUGGCGCUGCGAUGGCUUCCCCGAGUGUGACGACCAGAGCGACGAGGAGGGCUGUCCCGUGUGCUCGGCCGCCCAGUUCCCCUGCGCGCGAGGCCAGUGCGUGGACCUGCGUCUGCGCUGCGACGGUGAGGCGGACUGCCAGGACCGCUCGGAUGAGGCGGACUGCGAUGCCGUCUGCCUGCCCAACCAGUUCCGCUGUGCCAGCGGCCAGUGCGUCCUCAUCAAGCAGCAGUGCGACGCCUUCCCGGACUGCAUGGACGGCUCCGACGAACUCAUGUGUGAGCUCAGCAAGCCGCCUUCGGACGUGGCGCCGGGGCACAGCGGCGCGGUCGGGCCUGUGGUGGGCAUCGUCCUCUCGCUCUUCGUCAUGGGCGGGGUCUACUUCGUCUGCCAGCGCGUGGUGUGCCAGCGCUACUCGGGGGCCGGCGCGCCCUUCCCGCACGAGUACGUCAGCGGCACCCCGCACGUGCCCCUCAACUUCAUCGCCCCCGGCGGCGCGCAGCACGGCCCCUUCACAGGCAUCUCAUGUGGCAAGUCCAUGAUGAGCCCCGUGAGCCUGAUGGGGGGCCGGGGCGGGGUGCCCCUCUACGACCGGAACCACGUGACGGGGGCCUCCUCCAGCAGCUCGUCCAGCACCAAGGCCACGCUGUACCCGCCGAUCCUGAACCCGCCGCCGUCCCCAGCCACCGACCCCUCCUGUUAUAAUGUGGACAAGUUCUACUCUUCAAACAUUCCCGCCCCCACCAGGCCACACAGGCCCUACAUCCUCCGAGGCGUGGCGCCUCCCACCACGCCCUGCAGCACCGACGUGGGCGACAGCGACUACAGCGCCAGCCGCUGGAAGGCCAGCAAGUACUACCUGGACCUGAACUCCGACUCGGACCCCUACGCGCCCCCGCCCACGCCCCACAGCCAGUACCUGUCGGCCGAGGACAGCUGCCCGCCCUCGCCCGCCACGGAGCGCAGCGACUUCCACCUGUCCCCGCCCCCGCCCUCCCCCUGCACGGACUCGUCCUGACCUCACGGGGCGCCCUGGCCCUGCGCCCCUGUAAAUAGUUUUAAAUAUGAACAAAGAAAAAGUAUAUUUUAUGAUUUAAAAAAUAAACAGAGUUGGGGUUUUAAAAACACGAGAAAUGUGAACAGUUGUGGGGCAGGUGGGGCUGGGGAAACUUUGUACAGAAGCUAUUUAUAA